AUGCCCCCAGUUGGCUACGAUGCGGCUGAUGACCCGGACAACCCCAAGCACUCGCGCCACCUAGAGCGGAUUCAGCAUGCGAAGGAUCGCGUUGCACGGGAUGCCGUAAAGGUUGUCGAGGAAACUGACCAUACGGUGGGUCGAAAGCUUAAGGAAGUCGGGCCGCUCAACCCAAAACGACGUGGCAAGGCCCCGCUCAAGCGAGCCAGGGAGGACAUCACGUUCACGAACGGUGACAUGUCCUUCGAGAUGGUCUUCACCCUGACAACCUACGAUGUAUUUCUCAAAGAUAACCACAUCCUCGUAGCAUACUGCUACACCAAGGACGGAUUGUCGAGACGUUCCGAACUCAACCUCGACGAACACAUCGGCAAUGUCGACGGGUCGUUCCACAUCCUGAAGCCCUCUGACAGCCACUUCUUCUCGCACACCUCGAGGGACAUCACCUACAAAGACGGCGUGAUGCGCGCGUCCCUGCGCAAACUAUCUCAAGAUUACAACAUCACUUCUGUCUGCCUCGACCUGUACAUCGUGAACGACAACGGGUGUCUCAAAUUUCGCAAACCGCAUAGCGGAGACAUCCUCUCGUCGUGCCGCACGUUCUCCCUGACGUACUCCGUCCUGUCCGCGCUCUGCCUCGGGCCGGACGGCGCGUGGCACGCGUCGUCCCUCGACCUCGACGAGCACUACAGCGUGUACGAGGGGGCCGUGGUCCCCAUCGGGACGCACUUCUACCGCGGGGUCCGCAACGCGUCGUUCCAGUUCAGGCACGGCGAGGUGGAUCUCACCAACUGUGUCUUCAACCGCGAUGGCAAGCUUGCGUUCGAGCUCGACCUGAGUGGCUCAAAGCCAUUCAAGCUUAUGUAG